CAGGUUCUGUCAUCACUCUUCUCUUCCAAUCCAGAAAUUCCUCGUGCUGCUCUCAAGAAAACAAUAAAGCAGCAACAAAGAGAAGGUGCCAGUAAUGCACCUACAGACUCUACAACGUUUACAGGCAUUGGUAUUGAAUCUGACCUUGCCGAUCAUUUGCACAACAAGCUCAAAGUAGCUACACCUACGAAUGUACAAGCAAAAGCUAUUCCUGUUUUGCUGGGUCCCUCUUUUCAACAGCAAAAAGAAGAUGUCGAUGUGGUCGUUCAGGCCGAAACUGGUUCCGGCAAAACAUUGACUUACUUGUUGCCUAUCGUCAAUCGCUUAAUAGCAGCCUCUACAGCGCCUAAGGACGCCGUCAAGCAAAGUGAGCAGCCAUUUGGUGAUCGUUCCGUUGGCACAGUUGCGAUUGUCCUUACACCGACCCGAGAAUUAGCACAACAGGUGGUGGGUGUCCUGACCACGCUUGUCAAUUUACCCAGACCCAAAGAUGAAGCGAUGCGUCGUCUGCAUUGGAUUGUGCCUGGCAUCGUCAUCGGUGGUGACUCGAAAGCCAAAGAAAAAGCUCGUCUUAGAAAGGGUGUCAAUGUGCUUGUCAGCACACCCGGUCGGUUAUUAGAUCAUCUAGAGAAUACCAAGAGCUUUGACAUCAGUCAUCUGAAAUGGCUCGUGUUGGACGAAGCUGAUCGCUUGUUGGAUUUGGGUUUCGAAGAAACAUUGAAAAAGAUCAUGACUAUUAUCCAAGAACGAACGAAACGAGGUCCCGUCAACCCGAAAUUCAAACAACAGAUGAUGACCAAAUAUUGGCCCAAAAAACGACAAACGAUUUUGUGUUCAGCUACGUUAAGAGACGAUGUGAAGGAGUUGGCAGGUUGGUCUUUGGAGAGCCCUGCUUUUGUGAGCGGUACAGAUGUGCAAGAGGAUGCAUCCAAGUUUUUGAAUAACAACGACCCUGAGGAUCGUAUGGAUCUCGAUACAGAUGAACAAGCAGCAGCAGCAGCAGCAGCGGAAAGACACGAACAGAUGAUGAAAUUCACGACGCCUAAUCAGUUGAAACAAACAUAUACCAUUAUCCCAGCAAAAUUGCGACUCAUUACCCUUUUGGCUUUAUUGAGAAGUUGCUUUUACGACAAAGAACAACAGAAAUCGAAACAUAGCAAAGUCAUUGUCUUCUUUUCAUGCUGCGAUUCUGUAGAUUUUCACUUUGAUCUAUUUUCCAACGCCGGUAAGCCUGUCGUCGAUCAUGAUUCAGAUGACGACAAUGACGAUGAUGACACAACGAAGGACAGGGAAGACGUUGAAGAUGAUGAGAAGGAUAUCAUGAAAAAAGCAUUACAAAAAGUGGUUGGCAAAGGGGCCGCUGAAACAAUCAAUGAUAAAAAGAACAAGAAACAAAAAUCGACCCGUGAUGACAAGAAGAAAGAAAAAAAAGUCAUCAUCAGUCAACUCAGUACGUUAUUGUUGGAAAAGCCGGUCUUCCGUUUGCAUGGUGAUUUGAAUCAACAAACUCGCUCACAGACAUUCGCUGAAUUCAGCAGAGUCAAAUCUGGCGUGUUGUUCUGUACUGAUGUGGCUGCUCGUGGUUUAGAUUUACCCAAUGUCGACCAUAUCAUUCAAUACGAUGUUCCUACUGAUUUGAAAGACUAUGUGCAUCGUGUGGGUCGUACAGCUCGUCUUGGGAAAGCGGGUACAGCCACUUUAUUCCUUUUACCGAGUGAAAUUGAAUACCUUGAUAUCUUGAAAGCACAAGACUUAUUCCCUGAACCCAUCACCAUGGAGACUUUGUUGUCCAGUCUUGCUCAGUACAAAAACGAUUAUCAGACGCCUGCUCAAGAAUUACAAAAUACGAUGGAGCAUUACAUAUUGUCUGCUGAAAGUCGUAUCGCGCUUGCUCGCAAAGCUUUCUGGUCCACUUGUCGUGCUUAUGCUACGCAUCCUGCCUCUGAAAAGCAUAUUUUCCACAUUAAAAGAUUACAUUUGGGUCAUCUAGCAAAAUCCUUUGCUUUACGUGAAGCACCCUCUCAUCUUCAUGAGGACUCGAAGGGAAAGAAAAGGAAAGAUGCCAAGAGUGGUCGUAUGCCUGGCAUGAAUAAAUACGCAAAGGACAAUUCCAAACCGAAAAAGAACAUUGUGAACCCU